GGUGUUGCAUAUGGGAAAAAGGUCAACUACAAGUCUUGUGUUUAUUGUUGGAGAAAAUCCGAUAAGUUGGAGAUAAAACUUACAAAAGGUUGUGCCAUUGUUUUCAACUGAGUCGGAAUAUAUAGCUUUGUCAGAGGCGGAAAGAGAGGCAGUAUGGUUAAGGUUUAAUGGAAAAACUUGGUUUUAAUCAAGAUGCGGUGAAGAUAUUAUGUGAUUCUCAGAGCGCAAUAGCUCUGGCCAAAAAUGAUGUUCAUCACGAAAGGACAAAAUAAAUGCAGGUGAACUAUCAUUUCACCAAAGACUUAACUAGUGAUGGAUGGAUAUAAGUUUUGAAGUUUGAAACUGAGUUUAAUCAUGCAGACAUCUUUACAAAGGUUUUACCAAUAGGCAAGUUGAAAGAAGCAUUGAACUUGUUACGGGUAAAAGAAAACUGAAGUUCAUAGAUUAUGGAGAUAAGAAGAUGAUGGUUUUUUCAAGGAAGAAGAUUCAAAGUUGAUAGUUUUGUCAGGAGAUAAUAACAUAAGUUAGUUUACUCAUAUAUUAGCAAUAAUAUUUCACUAGGAAAGAGUUGAUGAAGAACAAGGUGGAGAACUGAAGAUUUAUGGUCUAAUCAACUGGGUGAGGUCACGGUCCAAUCGAAGUGAUAUUGAGUUGGUUCUAGUGGAUUGCUAGCUAGUAUAGCCUCAGUGAGAAUAGCUGCUCCUGACAUUGAAAAAUGAGAUGAACACCAUGUAAAAAAGUUUGGUAUUGUCUUGCUUUCAUUUUUUUUGUUUUGUUGAUUGAUCUUUAGAGGAGUUGAAUAUAGGUUUAGAUUUGUACAGACUGCACAUUUGAUUUGAUUUUUGUAAUUGAACAAUUCGUUUUAAGGUAUGAAUUUAGAAGUGGUCGUUCACACGAUGCUACCUUUCUCCCAAAGACUCUUCAUCUUAAGUCCUCUUUUUAUAGUAACUUCGACUAGGGAUGAGCGCGGAUCGAAUAUGUGGGUUUUUUUAAGGUAUUUAUGAUUCAUUUUGUCCGUGUAAUCAAUCAUCCGAUCCGAUUCAAUCUGUAGCUACUAGUUAUCUAGAUAUUUGAUCUUAUGGAUAACUGGAUAUCUGAUUUAAUUCGUAUAAAUAAAAUAAAAAAUAAAUAAAAAUUUAAAUAAUAGAAAAUAUUAAUAUUUUAUCACAUAAAAGUUUAUUUAUUUAUUAAAAAUAUAAUUAACUUAUAUAAUUAAAAUAUUGUAAAACUUACAUAAAAUAUAACGUUUACAUAUAUAUAUAUAUAAUUUUUGAAAUAUAUGUAUUUAUAUGCGUAUAACAUAUCGGAUCGGAUAUUCGUUCAUAAAAUUAUUAGUAUUUGGGAUUUGUUUCAUUUCUUUCGGAUAUUGCAUAUUAGUAUUUGUUUUGUUUUGUAAAGUUACGGAUAUCCAUUUUCUGUUUGAAUCUAUGCAGAUAAUGUACUGAAUCAUAACCUACGAAUAUUUUGCUGAGCCUUAACCUCAACAAGUUCUUGUCUUUGAAUUAGUCAAAAGUCUUCGUUCCCAUGAUUUUAUUUAAAUAAAUAUAUAAUUACAGCUUUCACUUGUUUGAUUUUCUUAUAUUCUCUCUGCAAAUAUUAAAUAACAACGCAUGUGUAUAUGUUAUCUUGUUUUAUUAACAACUAGUAUUAUGGUUGCUUGCCAUGCAGGAGCACCUAUACUCAUCAAUAUGAAAUGUUAAUUUAAAAAAUAUACUUAAAAGUUUUCAACAGACGCCAUUAGGGUGUCUAGAUGCUAUUCCUUCUUCUUUUCAAGCCAGUUUUCGUUGGUGAUUCUUUCAAUGGUUAGAUGGCUUGAUUUUCACUGAAAUUAUGAGUAAGAUUGAUUUUUGACUGGAUAUAAACCUCUGCAAAAUUAACUGGAACAAAAGCUGAAAAUGUAAACAUGAAACCGAUCAUCCAUCCACAUGUUUCACUCGUCGCCCCAUGUGACGUCAACCAUACAAAACGAAUUUCCAUAAAACUCUAGAAUCAUUAAAAGUUGUCGCUGAUAUAUUAAUUUACUAAACAAAAAAUUAACUCACUCUUUGUCUUACAAUGGAGAAUGAAUGUUUUCAAAUCCAUUGAUUUCAGUUUCUCUGUCUUCCUGUUCCACCCUGUCUAGACUUAUGUUUUGUUUUGCAAUUGAUGAAGUGGUUCUUUAGUGGGUAUUUCUCGAAUAUUCUGAAAGAUAUAUGAUUAUAAAUACCAAGAAAAUAAGACAUAGCGGGAACAAGAUACAUAAAUAUACACGUUUUGGUAAAAUAUAAAUAUGAAGUGGUUCUUUAGUGGGUAUGUCUCGUAUGUGCUUGUUUUAUUUUAACAUGUGUAUAUAUAUGGAGAUAACGGGAUCAAAAGCCAUAUCACUUUCUUUUUCGUUUUCCCCUUAUCUAUAAAACUUGUGAAACCCUAAAAGCUGAUCAGAAAGUUCAAGAAUUUUUUUUUGGUAAAAUAAGUUAGAGUUCAAGAAUUUUGAGAAGUGAAAGUAAUGGCAAUAAAAGAUAGAUCACUAGAAGAGACUCCAACAUGGGCUCUUGCUGCUGUUUGCUUCGUUAUUCUUUUCAUCUCUAUCAUGAUCGAAUAUUUCUUGCACUUUAUUGGUCACUGGUUUAAAAGGAAGAACAAGAAGGCUUUAUAUGAAGCUCUUGAAAAGGUUAAAGCAGAAUUGAUGCUACUGGGAUUCAUAUCGCUUCUACUUGUUGUACUGCAAUCACCAGUCUCCCAAAUUUGCAUUCCAGAAAGAAUUGCUGCGACUUGGCAUCCUUGUAGUAGCCAACAAGAGCUCGCUAAAUAUAGUAAAGAUUAUAUCGACGAUGGUCGCAAAAUUCUUGAAGACUACGACUCCAACGACUUUUAUAGUCCUCGUCGAAGUUUAGCCACAAAGGGUUAUGACAAAUGCGCAGAAAAUGGGAAAGUAGCAUUGGUAUCUGCAUAUGGUAUCCACCAAUUGCAUAUAUUCAUCUUCGUGCUCGCUGUAUUUCAUAUUCUCUAUUGCAUUAUAACCUAUGCUUUGGGGAAAACCAAGAUGAAGAAAUGGAAAUCAUGGGAGAAAGAGACCAAAACGCUUGAGUACCAAUAUGCCAAUGAUCCAGAAAGGUUCAGAUUUGCAAGAGAUACAUCGUUUGGACGUAGACAUUUGAAUAUAUGGAGCAAGUCUUCCUUUACCCUUUGGAUUACAUGUUUCUUCAGACAGUUCUUUGGAUCAGUGACAAAAGUGGAUUAUCUUACAUUAAGACAUGGCUUUAUAAUGGCGCAUUUGCCUGCAGGAAGUGAAGCUCGUUUCGAUUUUCAAAAAUACAUUCAAAGAUCUUUGGAAGAAGAUUUCAAGGCUGUUGUGGGUAUAAGCCCAGUGAUAUGGUGCAUUGCUGUCUUAUUCAUAUUGACUAAUACACAUGGAUGGGAUUCCUAUUUUUGGCUGCCUUUCCUCCCUUUGCUUGUGAUAUUAAUAGUAGGAGCAAAACUUCAAGUGAUAAUAUCAAAAUUAGGAUUGAGGAUUCAAGAUAAAGGAGAUGUAGUUAAAGGAGCUCCUGUGGUUGAACCGGGUGAUGAUCUCUUUUGGUUUGGUCGUCCUCGUUUCAUUCUCUUUCUCAUUCACUUGGUUCUUUUCACGAAUGCAUUUCAACUAGCUUUCUUCGUUUGGAGCACCUACGAGUUCACACUCAAGAACUGCUUCCACCACAAAACCGAAGAUAUUGCAAUCAGGAUCACCAUGGGGGUAUUGAUACAAGUUGUAUGCAGCUACAUCACUCUACCUCUCUAUGCUCUUGUGACUCAGAUGGGAAGUUCAAUGAGGCCGACCAUAUUCAACGACAGAGUAGCCAAUGCAUUAAAAAAAUGGCACAACACGGCCAAGAAACAGGCCAAACAUGGAAACUCAGGGUCCAACACACCCCGCUCGAGCCGCCCCACCACGCCAAAACAUAACCGCAGCCUUGAUCACCUCCUCCACAAUCGUAACCGCAGCCUUGAUCAUCAAACCAGCUUCACUGCAUCUCCUUCUCCUCCUAGGUUAUCUGAUUCUGGCAGACACGGCCAUGGUCCUCAGCAUUUCUUUGAUCCUGAAUCUCAAAAUGUCUCUCCCUACAGUGACAUCACAGAUUUUGAUAACGGCAAUAUUCAGCAACCUCAUGCUGACGUAGCUAGUCCUGUUACAGAAGAGAAAGAGAUUACUGAGCAUGUCAAGAUUGAUUUACCAGAGUUUACUUUUAAGAAGUGAUAUGAGUUCUAUACUGGACUUCUUGUUCAUUCUUUGUAAAUCAUAUAAACUUUGAAAUAAACAGUUCUCGUUCUUUUCUUCUUA